AUGCCUGUUAUAAGCAAACAAUGUCGCAUGGCAAAGUCCGCUAACGAUGUGUGGGGAGCGAUUUUUGCUGCCACAAAUAUUUACCCGGCCGCCAUGCCUCUCCUGAUUACAGGCAUCCGAGUGACCAGCCGAGACGGUGUUACCGCCGGUUCGAUCCGGGAGAUCACUUUCGGAAAUGCCGUAGGACCUACGGUCACCCAUGCAACCGAGCAGAUUACCAGGGUCGACCAUGGCACUCGAACCAUCGAAUCCACCUUUAACAAUGAUAGGAACUUCGUGGGCAAGCACUUUCGUUCUGCCUCCUUGGUCGUGAGGGUGGAUCCGAACAACGCCGACGAUGGCCCCAACUCUGCAGGUUCCACAAUCUACUGGACUUUGACCCACUCAUGGAUUUCAACUACUGCAUCAAACGGUUUCAAUUUGGAGGGUUUUUGGACAGCUAUAGAAGACGGAUUCAGGGCGUUAGACACUUACAACUAG